GAAGAGGCGUGGGGAGAGUUUAUAUUUGUAUCGGCCAUCGCAUCGCUUCGCUUCUCAUUUUCCUCUCCGUCGCCGGUGAUCGAAGACUGCUCGCCGGAACGAGACUUUCGAUUAUUUGUUCUUCCCGGCGGUGCUUAGGACCGGCAUCCGGUUAUCGGGCGGCGGCGGAGGGGAGAGAAGAAGGGCUGACGAUCGUGGGCGUGGGGAUGGACGGGCAAGGAGGAGGUCCGCACAGGAGGAACCUGUCGGGGAACGGCGUGCCGGGGAGGAAGAAGAACAACUCCGAUAACGGGAGCUUCGAUGGAGGGCGGAGGAGUUCCCUGGCCCGCUCUUCGACUGUGAGUGAAAGAACUGUAAAGAGACUGCGUUUGUCUAAGGCCUUAACAAUACCGGAGAACACAACUCUGUAUGAGGCUUGCCGCAGGAUGGCUGCUCGUAGGGUUGAUGCUGUGUUGCUGACGGACUCAAAUGCUUUGCUUUGUGGGAUCCUCACUGACAAGGAUAUAACCACAAGAGUCAUUGCUCGUGAAUUAAAGCUUGAGGAAACACCUGUUUCCAAAGUCAUGACUCGGAAUCCUGUUUUUGUUCUUUCAGACACAUUGGCUGUGGAAGCACUGCAAAAGAUGGUGCAAGGAAAGUUCAGACAUUUGCCUGUCGUGGAAAAUGGUGAAGUCAUUGCUUUACUUGACAUAGCUAAGUGUCUAUAUGAUGCAAUUGCACGAAUGGAACGGGCAGCUGAGAAGGGAAAAGCCAUUGCCGCUGCCGUUGAGGGGGUGGAAAAGCAUUGGGGAACAUCAAUUUCUGGUCCUAAUUCAUUUAUUGAAACUCUUCGAGAGCAGAUGUUCAGGCCAUCAUUGUCUACCAUCAUACCAGAGAACUCAAAGGUUGUUAUGGUCUCACCAACAGACUCAGUGUUAACUGCGGCAAAGAAGAUGCUGGAACUCAGAAUGAGUUCAGCAGUGGUGACAGUAGAAAACAAACCUCGGGGGAUAUUGACUUCUAGAGAUAUAUUGACGAGAGUAAUCUCACAAAAUCUUUCUCCAGAGUCAACCCCUGUUGAGAAGGUCAUGACUCCAAAUCCUGAAUGUGGAACAGUCGAUACUCCAAUUGUUGAUGCUCUUCAUACCAUGCAUGAUGGGAAAUUUUUGCAUCUCCCUGUUGUAGAUAGAGAUGGACAUAUAGUUUCAGUGAUGGAUGUGAUUCAUAUUACUCAUGCUGCAGUAGCCACAGUGGGAAGCGGUGGGGGACUUGGAAAUGAGGCAACAAGUACCAUGUUGCAAAAGUUUUGGGAUUCUGCUAUGGCCAUAGGACCUUUGGAUAACGAUGAUGAUUCUCAGAGUGAAGGAUCCAUCAAAGUGUCUUCUGAAGCAACAGACACAGGGAGGAACGCUUUUUAUCCAGCUUCAGGUCCAUCUACUACAUUUGGCUUUAAGCUUCAAGAUAGAAAGGGCAGAAUGCACAGGUUUAACUGUGAAACACAGAGCUUGACAGACCUUAUAACUUGUAUUCUCCAGAGGGCGGGUGAUGAUAUUGAUAGGAAUAAUCUUCCCCAAAUAUUGUAUGAAGAUGAGGAUCAUGACAAGGUCAUCCUUGCAUCUGACAAUGACCUCGCAGCAGCUGUUGAUCAUGCUAGACAAGCCGGUUGGAAGAGUUUAAGGUUGCAUUUAGAUUUCUCCGGUUUAGGUCGCCGGAAGAAAGGUGGUGAAUCAGGAGGCCUUGACUAUGCCCAGAGGGAUGCAUGGGCAUCUGCAUACAGUGCAGUUGCAGCUGGAGCUGCACUUGUUGCUGGGCUUGGGGUGAUGGCUUACUUGAAGAGGUCAGGUUCGUAGAUAAGCCACGAUCGAUUCCACACUCUCUGUAUUCAUAGAAGCUCCAACAGAAAGACCAAAAGCAUACGUGCAGGCAAUGUGUACCGUGAUAAAUUAAAAACAGCCCCGUGGUACGCUCUUGUAUUUUUUUUGGGCCUUCAGAGUUGUUGGGAAUUUGUUCUGUAGCUGUUUUAAUAAUAUUGUACGCUUUCUUGUGUACAUCUCAAACUAACAAUGGGCUAAUGAUACCUAAUGUGACCA